AUGAGUCCUGGAGAAUCCGCUCAAGGCUCUACAGGGAUGCCGCCAGCGAUCAUAGGCGGGCCAGGGUCGCUGUGGGAACUUCCUUCAUCAGCGGAAGCAACAAAUACGCGCGGGCACGGUGAGACGGCACGACGAGAUCACGCGGAGCAGGAAGAGGACGCGGCGGAGCAAACUGAGCCCACGGUGGCCCGCCACCAGCACCUACGAAGCCCAUCCCCGCAGGCAGCAGCCGCUUUGAACGCGCCGGGGAUCCAAAGGGAUUGUGGGGCAGGAGCGCAGAGAGAGGGACGACGGGAGCAGCGCGAGGAGCUGCUGGUGACGCCGACCCAGCACGCGAGCGACGAAGCUCCUUCUCCACGUCAUCAAGCCUAUCCAGAAGACGACGCUCCAUUGCGGACGGCGCUGGACUCGCUUUUCCGCCGCGACUGUCACCACCCCAUCGCCCACGACGCGCACGCCCACUUGCGCUCGAGCGCACAGGCGACUGCGGGCGAGAUGGGCCCUGCUGACGCUGGCGGCCAGGAAAACGGUCCCUGCAACGAGGGGAGUAGAGCCGUUGGCGCUCUGCAGGAGGGGGCGAACGCGGAGCUGGGGGCUGACGCCCAGACGUCUGGCGGGCAGGCGACCGCUGGCGAGAUGAACGAGGAGGGGGCGAACGACGACGAUGCGAACGGCGGUCACAGGAUCGGCUUCGCGAUGCCACGCAACGAGGCGAACAAGGAGACAACGGCGAACGGGCCGCACCGUGACGAUCAUCGCGGCAGCUCUCCCGCUUAUCGUCACGAGCUGCCGAUGAGCGACGGCAAGGCGAAUGCUCCUGGUGCGCCACAGCCUCUGCGCCGGAGCGCAAGACGGACCCCGUGCGCAGGGGCUCCGGCGGUGACAAGGACCUGCCUGCGCGCCGAGCCAGCUCGCGCUGCUGGACCUCGAAGCGGCGGCGGAUCUGAUCAGCGGACGCCGGUGGAGCAACAGGUACGCUCGCGGCAGGGCGUGCAGGAGGAAGCGGACCGGGAGCCGGAUCGCCCUCCGCGGCGCAACAGGCGGCACCUGUGGCAGCCACUCCGAGGAGCGGACGGAGAAGCACGCGGGGGAGAGGCGGGGGUCGAGGAGCGCGCGGAGGACAGCGGAGUGCAGGCCAAGCGGUGA